UGGCACUAUGUACUUUAAAUCGAUACCAAGGUGGAUUAUUUGUGGACUUUCUGUCCUUGGAAUAUUGUAUCCCUCACUUAUUCCUAGUGACCCUAAAAAAAUCACUCCGGUUCUGAAUUGUAUAGUCGAGAAUGAAGGUCAACAAAGUUACCUCUAUAGGGAUUUUUCAAGGAUUUUUGGAACUGUGUACUUCAAAUGGAUACGAAGACAGUUUUUUUCUGGACCUUAUGUCCUUGCAAUAUUGUAGCCCUCACUUAUUCCUAGUGAUCCUGAAAAAAUGGCUCCGAUUCUGAAUUGUAUAAAGGAGAACGAACGUCAACAAGGUUAUCUCUACAAGGAUUUUUCAAGGAUUUUUGGCACUGUGCACUUCAAAUGGAUACGAAGACAGUUUUUUUCUGGACCUUAUGUCCUUGCAAUAUUGUAGCCCUCACUCAUUCCUAGUGAUCCUAGAAAAAUUACUCCAGUUCUGAAUCGUAUAGUCGAGAACGAGGGUUCACAAGGUAACCCCUAUAGGGUAUUUAUAUGUACAUUUAGGGUGUGGUGAAAGUAAAGGAAAAGUUCAACGGAGCAAGUUGAAAUUUUGUGUGAUGGCUACUGGUACAUAGCUGAGUAUUUGCUGAAAGUUUCACUUGGAACAACCUUUAUUUUCACCGUGGGCCAAAAUCCCAGGAAAACGUCCCCCGUCCUUUGUAUUUUGGUUUCUUUUUAUCUCCUUCCGAUCGGAUGUAUCGUGGUGGAGAAACGGGAAUGAUUCUUGAAAUAUGUUCAGUAGAUAGAAGAGAAUUUCGAGAAAGAUGAGAUCCUCUUAAAAAUCCGUAUGAUUAACAAUUAUAAUUGACUUUUUUUGUUUUGAAACGCUAAAUAUUCAAAAAGUUUUCUUUCUUUUGUUUUAGCAAUUACAUGGUCAAAAUAUUUACAAUGGUUGUUGUACUCUUCAAAUUGAAUAUUCAAAACUUCUUUCACUUACUGUUAAAUAUAAUAAUGAUAAAAGUCGAGAUUAUACUAAUCCAACAUUACCAUCAGGCGAAGGAAAUAUGAUUCAACAAACAGAAUUAGAACGAAUGCAUUCAAAUACUGGUCUUCUUCCAUUACAACGAACAACAUCUAAUGAAGAUUAUCGUUAUGAUUAUUUUACAGCAGCUGUAGCAUCAGGUGGUCGACCCCCAUCAACAGCUGGAAUAACUCCUGGUUAUGAUAUACCAGGUAAAAAAUAUUUCUUAUAA